CAAGUAAAAAAACCCCUAAUAAAUUGGGUAUCAAACUACCAUUCUUCUCCUUCCCCUACUCGGACUCUCAAAAAUCCCCCGUGCCUCGCUCUCUUUCUCUCUCUCUCUAUAAAUCCUCUCCCGUUUCCUCUAAUUUCUUCUUCUUUUUUUCUUAUUUAUUUAUUUAUUUAUUGUCAAAUCAAAAUAUGGCGACGAGCUUCUUCAAAUCCCUCCAAUGCAAGUCCACCGCUUUGGACGACGUCGUCUGCGUCCCCAAACCCAAGAAGGCUCUAAUCCCGGCCGGCUCCUGCGGCGGUUCAACCCAAACUCUCCGCGACGUCGUCUUCCUCCUCCCCAAAAAACCCCCUGAAGACGAACCCAUUCAUCAUCCCCCCACUCCAUCACGCCCAAGCCCAGCCAAACCCAACGGUGGGGCCACAGAGAGCGGCGGCGUGGGGCCGCGUAGGCGAUGCUGGGUGCAGAGCGUUAUCGUGGGCCGCGUACGGAGCGGGUCGGAUCCGGAAUCGCGCGGAGAGUCCGUUUGCGGUGCUGGGAAAGGGGAGCUGGUCGUGCUCGAUCCGCGGGCGGUGCUUCCUUGUUUCCUAAUCAUCUAUAAAAUCUAGGUUUUCUCUUCUCUUGUACAUUAUUAGCCAGUCCCUUAAAUAAAUCAUUAACAUUUUGAAAUUA